UGGAACGAAUUUUCUUGGUCAAAGCUGUUCGAAAAUCCUGGUAAGAAUGCUAAGGGAAGAAUGAGUUGGACGCGCAAAAAGACAGUUCGUAGAUACGUAGACAGUACGUAGAUAGUCGGGGGAAAAUGUGUAGCCUAAUCCACCCUUCUUACUUUAAUUUGUGCCAUAUAUCGUAAUGGAAUUUCAUUAACACCACAACCAGCCGUUGUACUAUAUCCAAAGCAUAUUAUAUGCGACUACGAUGCCCUGGUGACCUUAAAAUCAGCUGGUUAAUUUGUGAAAGUUUUUAAUCGCAGUAAAUGGGGAGUAUUCCGUAGCCCUAAAGGAACAACAAUGUACCACUCAAUUGUUAGUACCAUUAACUCGAAGAUCAAAAGUUGUGAAAAGUUUUUUAUGGAACAUUCGUUGCACUAGAUUCAAAGAUAUUAUGCCCGACUACAAUUCCUUGGUGACCUUUAAAUCAGCUGGUUAAUUUUUGAAAGUUUUUAAUCGCAGUAAAUGGGGAGUAUUCCGUAGCCCUAAAGGAAAACAAUGUACCACUCAAUUGUUAGUACGAUUAACGAGAACAUAAAAAUAAAGUUAUGAAAAGUUUUUUUUAGAACAUUCAUUGUACUAUAUCCAAAGCAAAUUACGUCUGACUGCAAUGCCCUGGUAAUAUUUAAAUCACCUGUUUAAUGUUGGAAUGUGUUUGAUCGCAAUAGAGACCAUUCCGUAGCCCUAAAGGAACAACAACCACUCAAUAAUUAAUAUGUCGUCCUGUAUUAUUAUUUACUAUUAAAGGCUUUUGCCAAUGUUGGUAUUGACUACGCCCAGCUAUGUAAUGAACCAGCAGUACUCGAAAAGUGUCAAGAAAUAGCCACCAACGCAUCCUGGGGAGUCAAACUCGGAAGGCUGAAGGUAAAGAAAGUUGAAGAUGGCGCCACCUCUUUUGGCUCUACGGGCUUAGCGCGUCUUCUUAAUGUUUGUUUUUUCGUUCGCUAGAUGUCACUGAAGGAUGUAUACAAGAGUGAUCGAGAGGAGAAGCUGGCAAUUUUACCAGACCUCAUGCAGAAUUCACAGAUAGGCCUUGAUAUGAUCUUAGAGUUUUGCAGGUAGACGGCUGUGAUAAGUUACGUGUGUAUAUAUGCCUUAAACUCAUACGUGGAAGUAAUCUGUGGAUAAAACCUUUUGUGUAAAAGAGAACAUGCUAAGUAUUUUCCUGUUUAGGUCGAACAAAAAUGCAGUCAAACAGGUCUUACCCGACGCACACCUCACUUUUAUUGACUGCUCCUUGAUUAUAGUGGCAUACCACUCACAUACUUUCCAUACCUCUAUAACAUGGCCUCUUCCAGGGGUCACUCAGAUCUGCUAAAAGGGAGUUUGACUGUAAGAAGGUUAUCAAUAGAACGCACGUUAAAGGAACUUUUUGUGGGUCACCCGAUUGGACUUUUUAUUUUGUUGAGGAAAAGGGGGUGGAAGCAGGCGUAGUAUCAACUCUUUCUUAGCUCUGACGUCUCAAAAUGCAUUUACAAUUUCUUUUUGAGUAACCAUUACCCUGUGGGCCUAAACUUCGUUUGAGCUCAGUUUUUACAGCUGUCCCCCGCUGGGUGUCAUACUGGAUUAUACUCAGCCGUCUUUGCAUGACGAUUGCAUGAGACUCUCCUAAAGGACCAAGACGAAUAUCUUGAACCGCUCACCAUUCUACAACAAUUGACUUUCUUUUAGUAUCUUACUUUGCUUGUAAAGCGUGCAUACUUAAUUUUACCUUUUUUCAGGUAAUUCAUUGUGCUCUAUUGUCUUACCUAAUUAAUCUUCCUUUUUCUUAUAACACUUUUUUUUGCCUUUAAAUUUUAUUUUACGAAUUACCUAAUAUUUUCUUUCAUUUGUGUUACACUACCCGCCUCAAAUAGCCUUUGCUACUUGCGGGUUGUGUUUUGAUUUAUUUUUGUAACCAAGUUUUUUAAAAUAAAAUGAAGUUGUUGUUGUUGUUAUUUAUAUUUAGCAUGUGUUGUUUUCCUAAGGCUUUAAGAGUCUUCAAAGUAAUGCUUGCAUGUUUUUUGACAGGGCGUUUAAAUUGGAUGAAGACAAUGCUCUGCUGACGUACGUUAGACAGCAGUUGCUUCCACCGAUGGGCCUUCCUUCUACGGGAAGGUCCCCAGUUACACAAGACAACAGCAUGGAGGAGUUAACUUAUCAGCAGAAUGUCAGCAAAGUGGUCCAUAAGAUUUCUUGCACGACAUCACUUCUUAAACUUCUAGUGGAAGUAGGCUCCAAGGUAAUCCAGUGAAGGUAUAACCGUUACGGUUCUUUGUGUAUCCAAUGGCGGACUUAGAGCUUCAAAUAGGUGAUACUUUGCAAAACCAAUCAAACAAGAGCUGCGUUCAUUAAGUUGCCCCCCCCCCCCCCCCCAUGGGCAACAUGUUGUUCAUUUUGUACAGCAGAAUAAUGGUUCGAUUACUUACUGAAUGGCUAACUGUUUCCUGCUACAUUAUGUUUUGUUUUACUUAUGUUUAGAUGACUACACAGUCAUUGAUGUCUUAUUACAUUUGUUUACUUUGUUACAAUGUGUUGGUAGGUUGAUCCUUAUGACUAUGAUACAAUUGUGUUUAUCCUGAAGUUGAUCAGGGAUUUAUCACCUGAACAAAGUGCAACUGUUGAUAAGGUAUAUUUAGUUAAUUAAAGCCGACUUUACUUAAGUAAAUGUUAGAAAGCCGUUUUAGCGGAGCCCCAUAGCUAAGACACGUGACCGUACGUCCGCCCGCCCGCCGGCCCGUCCGUCCGCACCACAGGGAAACUCAUGUGAAAUGUUUAACUUUCUAGCUAGUGUGCGAGCCUGAUAUUGCACACUGACAGCUAUAAAAAUAGGGUAUCGGCUGACCAGUAUCACAUGUUCUUAUCGCGGGCUCAGCUGUCGUGUUUUUUUUUUACGUUUACCGCUGACAACUUUCUAGAUUUCAAAAGAAUCGCAAGCUCAACUCUAAAUGGAUUUCUUAGUUGCAAUGUUUUUUUCAUUAAAGGGAGAUUCGCCUUUAACCUCGGCUAAAUCUAUUUAUUAUAUAAACUGCAGUGUUUUACAAGGAUUUCUACCACCGAGAAAUGUGGUAUCUGAACACACGUAAAAAUACGAUAUUUUUACAUGUGAAGAUAUCGAUAAUUUCACUGACAUCAGAUUUGUCUCUUAAAUUGUACUUAAAUUCAUUGGUGUAUCAUCGAAACAUCUUCGGGUCUUCCUCGAAAGUGCUUCGAAAUCUUCGGACAUCUUCGGCGAAAUUCUCGGAAAAUGUUCGGGAACGUUCGUCUGGUCUUCGGGACAAUUUGAAAAAUUCGGAAGGUGGUCGGAAAUCUUCGGAAAAUCAUCAAAAACGCCGUCAUCAGUAUGUUUUAUAAUAAAAAAAACGUUAGCUCGAAGAUAUGAAUUUUAUGUUCUCGUGGCAAGAGCAAUAUCUCACUCGUUCGCUGCGCUCACUCGUGAGAUAUUGUUCUUGCCACUCGAACAUAAAAUUCAUAUCUUCUCGCCACCGUGUAAUAUUCUCUAUAUAUUAAACUUUCGAUAUCGGUACAUCUAGGUAGGUGUCUGAAGUACAUUUUGAUCAGUGGAGCGUAUUAGUCAUCAAAUCGUGUAUCGUAAAAAACAUAUUUCUCGGUCGGAGCAGGGUCAGUGAUCCAUGGUGUAUGAUCGUCUUUAAGCCACAAUUCAGUGAAGUUUGCCUUACCUUUGUUUUCGGAAGUCGUAAAUCCUUUAAGAAAAGCCUCUACCCCUGUAAAGAGGUCAUCAAACUGUCUGAAUUUCAAGAAGUCCUCAUUGAUCUCAUAUUAAUAGGUAGUUAUUUAAAGGACUUGGCGCCUUGUAUUCGUUAGGCUUAGGGUUUCCGUAUAGCUGACUGUGUUGUUUUAUUUCCAGGGAAUUCAAUUGUUAGAUUACUUAUAUCAGUUUGACCGCACUGCAGCACCAACCAGUUAUGAGAGAUCUUUUCACUACUCAUCCAAAAAUACGGACAACGAAAAGGUAAGAAACCUGAUAUUCCCCACUACAGAACCUUAAAGGCGACUGGGUACAAGAUUCGUAGCAACGAUGCCCAGAAUCGUUUGGGUGGAGAAUCGUUACUUAUGAUUGGUUAAUAAUAGUUGCCUUGAACACCAUCGACCAAUCAUAACUAACGCUUGUCCACCCGAAUGAUCCCAGAAAUCACUGCACCCAAAGCUCUUACCCAUUCUCCCUAGAAUUACAUUUACGAGCGUACCUUUUACUGCUUUAGCGUGAUGUCAGUGUAUUUUUUUUUUAAAUAACUAGGUAAAAGAAACUUCACAUAGUCGGUACUUGCUAAACUUUUUCUAACUUUGCGUCUCUGAACAUUUGUCCAGCAUCAUUUGCUUGGCAAUAAUUUGCGAAGUUAAAUCUCUUCCUUUUUUUUGCAGACAAUACUUGAAAAAGAGAGACCACUAUCUCCACUGUCAAAAUCCAGGCUCCCAUAUCAUCCUCUGCUCUAUGGGGAUCCAUGGAAAGUUAUUGGUAAGCGAUUUUCGUUGAUUGGGUAGGCGUUAUGUUGCUACCAUACGCGUCCGCUUUGUAUGGGUCACGAAAAAGUCUAAUGGCCCUUCAACAAAGAAGUCUCAAGGAUUAAUGGUAGCCUCCCCGCAGAAAUGAAUGCGUCACGAACGAACCCCAAAGGAGGUCUGCGGUGAGGCUAGAUUAAUGGUCGUUUGAAACAAACUUGAUUGUAUGUCUUUUAGGUCCUAUCUGUACCAUUCCUCGCAUUUGAUGGGCCACCCACCCCAAAGCUUCGGGAGAUUCUGCGAUACACGUAUUUCUAGUACUAAUUGGUUACUAAAAAACGUCUGCUGUGGUUCUGUCUUUUUAUCAUGAAUUGCAGGUCCAGAGCUGUCAGAGGAAACAGUUCCAAAACUUCUGGGCAUUGCCAACUUACUGAAGGUUAGUUUGUGCUAUUUUGAUGGCAGUUGUUUCUUUCCGUAAAUUCAAUUAGCAAUUUUUUACAUUGAUUAUGAUAAGGUGAUAAGUUUUCCAAACGUUGUUAAACAAGAACUUCGUGUGAAGCCUUUACUUGCUUAAACUGCUUAAAUGUUGGAAAAACGUUCAAUGUGAAGACUGUGGCAAUUGUCUUGCCUAGCCCCUAUAGGCGUCAUCAUUGCACGCGGCCUAUACGUUUUUGAUCACGUUGUCCGUUCGUCUCGGAAACGUCACCAAAAUUCGUUAACCGAGAAGGCCUGGGACUAAGCAUGCAAUUGUCCUCAGAUGAACAAAACAGGGAGCUUUAGCAACGCCAACGGCGACGGCAACGAGAACGUCAAAACAACAACUUGUCACGUGCAACACACGUUUUUGUACGACUUCUUCGACGUGAAAUUCUCUCAUGCGAUGUUUUAUGGAGGAGGUUAAUUAAUUCACCACGACGAAUUUUUCCUUCUCUUUCUAGACUUGGUUCGGUCUCCAAGAAUUCAAUUCCAGUAAAAUUCUCCCAUAUUCGACAUUUUAAGCGAGUCGGAAUAAUCGCGACAAAAUUUGAAAAAAAGCGACGUCUUGUUAAUAGUGACGUUUUCGCUGCCGUCGUCGAUGUGCCCCCUAAUAUGGGCGUGUUCAGGGCGUGGAGACUAUUCUUGAGUAAUCGGAACCAUAAUAAGAAGUUUCGUUGUUAUUUUUUUGUUAGCUCUCCAGCGAUCAGCUGUAUUUAACAGCCAUCCGUAACCUUGCUCGACCUUCAGCCUCACAAACUGGCUCUAGUGAUACUAACUUGAGUGGAAUCACUGCUGAAGAAAAAAGCCAAUUGGCCAAAUCCUACAAUAGUGAAAAGGCUAAGAGUAUGCUCUACUCUAUCAAAAACAAAGAAAUGGCUAUCGCUGCUGCCAAGUGGAUCGCUCAGCAGCUUCCACUGGGUCUGUACACUGUUUUCCUUGAAUGUUUUCCCAAGUAUAUGCCGGGUAAAUGAGCCAAUAACACCAAUAAGUUGCCUGUCGUUUCUUUCCUAGGUGAAGAAAAAAUAGAUAUACUUAAGACUUGUGUGGAUCUUGCAAUGGCCUGGAAAUCUUCGUGUUCACAGAAGGUGAUCUUUUUUAAAAUAGAAUAUAAGUAUCCCGCUUGUCCUCAUGUUAUCAUAGAUUUGGGAAAAUACGUCUUCAAGCAACUUUUAGUUAAUCUGACGAAGAGCUGGGUGUUCUUUUUCACAAAUGGCUAACGGUUUUGAAUUGUCAACUGAUUUUUUUCCGUUUCGGUCAACGGUGGCACAUGUACUUUUCACUUUGUUUGAUCACGCAGUGCAUCACUUUAGUGAAAAGCUGACCAGCUUAAUUUCACCCACCCAAUCCACCUGCAUCCACUUUACCCUUACUAACACCCGUAUUGUGUCACUUUCUGUAGGAUGAAGAGAAAGCAAAGCUUACUCACAGCCGGCUGUUGGAGCUGUGUCGUGGCGUGGCCACAGAACAUGUGCUCCACAAGUACAACAUCACAGACCCUUCCAUUGUUUCAUUAACAAGUAAACCAGCUAAGCUUAUUUGCCAACUGUAUGAGACGUUUGGUGCAAGGGAACCAGGCACUGCUCAUCAUCCGCCAGGUACUGGCACUGGUGAAACUGUGGGAAUUAGAGCUUCUUUCUGUCUUCCAUUUUUUCACUGGAAUGAUUUUUCUCUCUUCCAAACAAUUGCCGUCACGCUUACUAACCAAAAGAUUCAGUCAACAUAUUUCAGGGUGGACCUUACUCAUUGAUUUCUGCUGGAACCAUUUUUGUGUAACGUUUUUUCCUUUUGGUAUAUUUGUCCAUAUUACUUCUGCUUGAUAAUGGUGUGGUUAGACUUGCAGGUUUGCAUAAAUUUUGCCGGUCCAAUAUGGAAUCGCACAGUCCAAGAUGGACAUUACCUUACCAACGGGGCGUCGAUAUUGUCUAUCCAACAUCAGUUUUAACAGCCUCGCAAUAAAAUUGCCAGUUGAGCCUGAUUUUCCUGUUUUUUGGAUUUUAUCUUAGGUCAAUGACUUCAAGUCUAUGCAACCUGGUGUCGGUUUUGCAAAGUUUUCUUUUAGAAUUUAUUUUUCUCAUGACUUUUUUUCUCUUGUAGAUAUCCACAAAGCUUCGGAAGAAAUCGCCAAUGUCAACAACACUAAAAUAGAGAAGAUCAGACUGCAUUUGAUAGAGGUUUGAUUAUGAAGUCACUAUUUGUUUGAAUGUUUAAAAGAGAUGGUCGGUUCAAAAGGACGAAUACUCGUGUAGAUUAAAUUAUUAUUCGAUUAGUGGUUGUGAUCGUCGAUCAACUUUUACUUCGUAAACGAAAUCAUGAAACUUUCUGCUUGACCGUGAUUUUAACCCCUGUGCUUUGCGAUUUUUAGACGCAACACUCCAUUCAAUUGAAGUAAUCAAGCUAUUGAAUUCAAGAGCAGCCGAGUUGUUAAUAUACGCGAUGAUAGCGAGUUAUUGAUAUGUAUAAGAGCCUGCUCUCUAGGCUUAAGAGAGUUACUCUCUCCCCCUUAGUAAGUCCCAUAAGUGCUUCAACCUUAAAGUGUAAAAUUAGAACCGCUUUUACUAUCUUUGCAACCACCCUUUAAGGCUUGGUAUAUCCUACAAAGGCUUUGCCACAGAUUGCCUAUGUUUCUGGUUCAGAAUGAUCAAAAUAUGUUGUUCCUUUCCUUCAUAGAAAUGGUUACCUUCUUCAAGUCAAUCUUCAGGAGGAGACACAGAGGUAUUUUUAAAACAAACUGGAAAUUGCAAUUUGGGGCAGAGAUGGUCUUUGAGGUUGCACAUUUAUGCUGUCACAAUAACCCCUUAUUGUUAUUCUUUAUUGGGGAUCGAACCGUAAAUCACUUUUUCCUCUCUGUACAAUAGUUAGUUUGUCUAUCUUGCAACUUGUUACCAAUGCAAAAAGUACUUAUAACGUUAAUUCUUUGAUACCUUUGGCGGCAAUCUCUUGUUUCUUCAAAUUAAGUUCUUUAGUGGCAAUUAAAUAUUUUACUUUCUGAAUUUUCACCAAAGUCGUGACCAUUCCAAAAAAUCAGCGAUAUGCAUUCGAUGUUUCAACGAUGAUUUUGUUUCUGCCGGUAAAUCAGUGACCCCAUUUAUUUACAUAACCUUAAAUUAUUCUUUAUCCUUAGUUUGGCCCCCCUGGCGGCGAGGGUAGUGAUGAGAAUGAAGAAGACGAACACAACUUAAGAAGGUAUAGUGUCAUUCUAAACAACCCAUCUCAGUUUUUUUUCGCGUUCUGACAAAGGCUACGUUAAAGGAGGAACUCGGUCCAUAAGCCAUGCCAGUUUGUCGGGCACCAAAGUGCAUGGUCUCCGCCCUUAUCUUUGAAAAUAGGUCUCAGAUAUUUGCCUGACUGUUUCAUUGUCGGGUCUAUGCAGCCCACUAUUAUUUCCCACCGUGACGUCAUUGCCCCCUCCCCAACCCCUUUGGAAGAAACGCUGGUUAUGGAAUUUCUGUUUUCUUUUUCUUGUUGGUUUUUUCAAGGGUGAUAUAUAUCAUGCAAAGCACAGACCAACAAACUGCUGUCAGAUUUCUACUCAAUCUUGCUAACAAGGUGAGAUAAUUGAACUUAAACAAUUUUUCAUUUAAUUUUCGAGUGUAUUUUCACAGUAACAUAAUUAAGCGGUGACAUACAUGUAGAUGAUGGACAUAAUGGUCGAGUCGCUGUAGAGAAAAUAUGUAUGUCAUACCUGAGAACUAAAAUAGCUUGACUGAUGGUCAGUUAUCAGGCUCUAACAAUACGACAGACUGACUACAUUACUAACACUAACUACAACCACACUGCAUUACCAUUCUGAAACUACACUAUGGUCAAACACCAUCACUAGUAACAUGGUAAACGUUUGACACUAGAGUCAUAAUUCGAUGUUUUAACCUCCAAAACGUGGUUAUUCUAACCCCGAGUUAUCCUUUUGACUUGGGCUUGUUACCCUUCAAAACGCGAAACGUUGAACUGCAGGUAUAAGACCAUGGUGUAGUUGCAUUAUUUCUGUCCUUUCUUUUCAUAUACCUUUCUCUUUUUUUGCUAUUGUAGACGGGUUCGUCAAGUACCUGUCGUGUCCGUGCUCUUCGUGCUUUAUUCUCCAUUGCUCCUGGAGAGUUUAUUGAAAAGCUUUGUAACACAUCAAUAUCUGUAAUCAGGUGAGAAACAGACCGUUAAAUAGUUAUCAACAGGCUACUUUUGAUUUAUACCUCAAAAUUAUGUUAAGUGCCUCCUUCCACAGAGAAAGGACAAAAUGUCAAGGUGAAUUCUUGGACAUUUUGUUGUGAUUUACGGAAAUGUCACCAACAGUACUUUCCUCUUUAGAACAUUUGUAUAAAUGUUGCUUCUAGAACGAUUUGGCCAUUAAACUUUAUUUUGAGUAAAACGUCUUGACACACGGUAGCGUUGGUUUCACAAAGCUCUUGUUGGUAGGCACCUUGUGCAUCGAGACACGAAUUUUAUCAUUAUGUAUUGCACAAUAUCUGACGUCAGUACAUUAAGUUUCCUCAUGAUCUGUCCUCAUACACCACGUACCUAACGCUCGUAUCUUGUCGCCACUGACAGGCAACAAAUGCAGGCCCUGGUUUGCCUGGCGGAACUUGAAGGACUGCAUAUCCAGCAGUCGGCUAGUGCCUUUGACAAGUGUAACAAAGAAGGACUGGUGCGAGGAUUGUGGAGAAAUCAUAAACACGAGAGAAAGGUCUGUUAUACCUUUUACAACAACAACAACAAACUAUAUUGAUAAACAAAUAAUAUUACAGAAGCAUUGCCUGCACCUAGCAAAGCCAUUCGAGGCGGGACAAUGCGUGCAAAAUAUGAAAUUAAGUCAAGACUAAGGCUAACCAAGGAACGUUUACGCUUGGGUUUCUUACCUUAGUUUCUCUGUUCCGGCCAUAGUUGAAAAAUGGUUAAAAGAUUUAGUAGAAAUUUAGUAAGAAGCCGGGAGUGAUCGAGAACUCGUCCGACCAGUACGCACUCGGGACCAGUCUCCAGUAGAGUCUUGAAAAAUCCUCGAAUUCUAUUCUCCCGAGAAAACAUUACUUCAUUUUGUCCAUUGGAAAGAGGAUUUAUCAAGGAUUCGGACGUCGAUAUUUCAAGUUCUUUAAUAUCAUUCAUCCCUAAACAGUAUUCUUCCAAUAUGGUUUACAUGUUAUCGUUAGGCUCAAUUAGUGCAUCCUUCACUGGAAAACAGUUGACAACUCAUUUGUAUAAAGUGCGACUGCCUCUGGCGUUAAAUACCUGUUAAUUAGCAAGUAUAAUUAUUGUUUUAAUGUUAUGUAACAGCCUCAGUUCUUCUCUUUAAUUAACCUCCCACUGAAUUAUUUGGUAACCUGUACUGAAAGAUCUUAAUACAAAAAAUUAAUCGUAACGUCUUAAAUUGGAGAAAACUCCUAAAAGAGGGAUCGUUAGCAACAGCAAGACACACCGAUACAAGAACCAAGAAAACAUCUUUGUGUUAUGCUAUCCUUUUCAGGCCGUUCGUCUUGUAGCAGAUUUGUGUCUGGAUAACAGUAUACACGACCCACAGCUAUGGAACAGUGUUCUUCAACAAUUGCUGGCUUUUGGAAUGGUAAGUGAUCCCACCCCACCUGAUUAGCUGAUAAACUGUGAGGUCGAUAUGGACUGUCUCACUCGCUGGCAGGCUGACUAACAGACCACUGUAGCAGGAUAGAAAAGCUGAUCUUUGGCGCUAUAGCUCGUAACCAGAGCGAAUCGCUACGGUGGCCAAUCUACCUUAUCAACUCCAGUGAUAAAAUCAAAUGUUUUAUCUUUGUAUUUUACUCCCUUCCCCCCCUCCCUCCGCACAUCGACUCAGCACCACAGUUUUUUUAGAACCUAAGCCCUUCAUUUAACUGACAGACCAGCUGAUCAGUUGUCGGACAUAAUGCGUGACUGGUUGACUGACUGAGUGGAUGCUGAAGACAGGAUCCAUACACUAGACUUAACAGAGCCCAUCCGCGGAGAUCCAGGGGAGGUCAGCGGUCAGUAGGAUGAACAGAACCUUCGAUAUGAAGAAAGGUCAAGAAAAUAGUACACUUGUAUGGAACUGCAAAAAAAACCGAAGUGUCGUUAAAAGUCUUAGUUUGAUCGUGUCGAUUUUCUUCUCUUGCUUUUAGAUAAAAUAUCUUAGGCGUGUUCUAGUAAACUUAGCAGGGAUCUCGGAGCUUUGGCAGGUGAGUGUUGAGGGAUAAACACUGCCCUAUGAAUUCUCCAGUGCUAAAUUUGGCCAACUGUAUUUGUUAUUGUCGCUUGAGUAAAAUGUUGGGAGUCACCAUGUUCUCAGAAACCUCUAUUUUCAUCGCCCUUUGAAAAAAAGACACCUGUUUUUUGGGUAGCGACAUUGAGUCAGUCAUCCAAUGUUUUUCGUUUUUUUUUUUUUAUCCAAUAAGACAACUCUUUCACCAUUUUCACAUUGCCCGUAAUGAACCUCUACUAACAGUACUAACGGCCACCUUUUCUCGACGACCACUAUUUUUGUCUCGGCCAAUAGAUUUACUCACCUACCCCUCCCCUAACCAAUUGUUAACACUGCUUUCUCACAAAGGGCAAAAUUUUGAAUUAGGGGAAGGGUAGGUGGACAGUUUCCUAGAAUAUUAUAUUUAUCCAUCGAAUGUGUGACUGCCUACUCCGUUUAGGUUCGUUGUUUACCUCAGGUGUGGAGGAGUGUUUUGACGGCACCUUUCAAGUCAGGUAAGCCAUGGCAUACCGGAUUACUUGGAGAUUUUCUGCGGUAGAAAUGUGAUCAGAUGUUAUUGGCCUGCAAAUAAAAAGGAAAAAAGAACGUGCGCUUGAAACGUAAGAAAAAGAAACGAACAGAACAAAAAAAUUAAUAAAUAAAGACGUCUCGUUUAUGCAAGCCAAAGGUUGUUUGUUUACUGGCGACGGAAACUCGCUGAUCAUUUCAUAGUGGUGUGACUGAGUUCCAUAUGAAUUUUCACUUUUUUUUUUCACCCCAUUCGUUUUUGACUGGGACAAAUGAACUUACUCAGUCAUUUGCUGACAACUCGCUUUGUUGCCUAGCUGGCAGAAUAUUGCACCUUUACAGUGAAGGUUAUAGGUUUGUUACACUGACAAAUGUCUUCGUUGUGAUUUUACUUUAUUUCAGUUUCGUCUCCGUUAUCCGACGAAGAGGUGAUUGCUUGCGAAGAAUCUGCAUCGUUACUUCAAAGGUGUGUGAUGUUUUAUUGUCAAGUGUUUCCUUCCUCAUCAAAAUUCCCAUUAUAUUUUUUUUAGUUUGUUUUCAAUGGGCAACAAAAAUUUCCGGACAUUUUACACUUUACGGACAGUUUGUAGCCAACUAAAAUAAGUCCAGUGUUAAAAACUGUCCGACCAAAUGUCUGAAGGUACAUUGUAUAUAUAUGGAGGAUACCUUUUGUCCUGGUAGAUAGGGAACAAACGUUUUCUGGAAAGCCACCCAAGGAAAACUGCAAUAGAUUGCUUCACGAGGCAUCUAUGCGUGGCAAUUUCCUGGCGCACAUGUAAUUGACCUAAUAAGUGGCCCUUUCUACCUUUGCUUUAGCCUGCGGCGGCGCACAUGUAAUUGACGGGCGCGCGCGAGGGAGACAUAAGGGGUGUCUCCCUUCUCGCGCGCCCUUUGCCCACCUUUGCGCCUGCUACGCAGGCUACCUUUGCUUGAACACACGCUUAACCUCCACGCUUACUUGGCGUUUAAUGAGUGAAUGAAUGUUUUAAUGAUUUCUUUCGUCUUUCAGGUGUCCUCUGCUGCUUGAUCUGGAUGUGUAUUCCAUAGCUGUUCAGUUUCAUAAAGUUGGUCUCCAAGCCCACGCUCUCGCCUGUCUGAUGCUCAUCCCAUCAAGCACUGCGCGCCAAAAACAUGUUCAGGUUUAACCCGUCUUCUGGUUUACCUUUUUAUUUGGUCAAAUUUUGCUGUUGUCAUUUUAUUGUAUUCGCAACUGAGAAGGCAGCAUGUCCGAUUCCAAUUGGCUUCAACAAUCAUAAACUAUUUGUUCUUGUUAAACUUACUUAUUUGGGCAGUUCUGCAUACACGGUUCAGGUAAAGAAGAAGAGUUCUUUAACCGGCAAGGUGUGUUACAGCUAUUUUCACUAUUUUCCCUUUGUUUUUUUGAAGCUUUUACCCUUUGUUUUUUGUAGACCUUACUGGAGACAAACUGCGUUACUCGUGUACUUACUCAGUUGGAUGAACUACGGCAGAGAGGACGCACUAUUACCCAGGCUGAUAUUGUAAGCCGGAGACUAUUUUGUUGUUAGAGCACUUCAGUUCUUUUAGCACACGUGGUUAAAUGGAUUCGCUACUUAGAAACGAGCAGGAAACUGGAGCCGAAAUGUGUCAGCCCGCAAUUGUUUCUGGGAUAGUUACUAGGGACGCGCCAGUCAGCUAUUGGCCAAUUUUAUCCGUGUCGCCAGUAACAGACCCAGGAGUACUUGCGAACUGUAACUUGGCCAAGUUUCCUCUCGGUAAGUGUGGUGGUGUUUAUGUUUCUGUACGAAGUCCGUGGAAGAAAUUCUCAUGUGUGUCUAGUCAGAUGUAGUCAAGUCAAUUUAAGUCAAUUUUUAUCUAAACUGUUACUCAGCAAGAGCUGAUAUUUUUACUUGAUUGCUUAUGUCUCCAGGUUGAACAAGAAGUGUUCAAACAUGUCGAAGAAAAGCAAGAGUAUCAGGUCAGAAAUGAAAUGUACUGCCACGUAACCUAAAUGAAUAAAAAGUAAAUAACGAAUGAUUGAGAAGUAGCACACCUUUUGAAACUUGGAAACGUUGGUUUUGAGGGGAAUAGAAAACCAGAGUAGUCGGAGAAAAACAUCUUGUAGCAGAGAGUAGAACCGACAACAAAUUCAACCCUCCUUUGGCGUUGCUUCCUGGAUUCGAACCCAGGCCACAUUGGUAGCAGGCGAGUUAAUGCUGUCAGCUCUGCGCGUAGGUUAGCACUGUACCUGUAAUUAGUUGAUAAGAUCAAUGCGGAUGGACUUUUUUCUGAAUCUUCUUGGUCUUUUUCAGAUCCUGCUUGGCACAUCGUACUUUGACAAGUUCCUAAGCUUCCUUAUUGUUAAUAAAACCAUAACUGGUAUACUGCUAAAGACGAUACAAGCCAAUAGGUAUUUAAUUCGCAUUUUAUAAAUUGUCUUACUGUUUGUCUCACGAUGCAGUCGCCUGAGAUGUAAAUCGCGACUUUCGGCUGCUUUCUGCUAGUCUUUAUCACGCGGCUAAGUCGACUGAUCCUUUGUCACCUUGUGUAUCACUUUGGUCAGCUGGGCUUGAUGCUCUCUUGAAUGACAUGCAUCCUACAUGCUGCAGUAUUAGUCCAAAAAGUGUCGUAUUUGUCCAACAACAUUCGGCCAAGCUCCUGUAUGCCCCCUAAAAGAAAUUUAGAAUCCCUUUCAGCGCUUGUAUGCGUUAACCGCGCGACUCGACUAUACAGUGAGCUCGCCCCGUCUUCUUUAGGAAGCUUGAGAGUUAAGACCCAGCAUAGAACUUACUUAAACAAUUGAGGUCAGGAUAUAAUGUUGAGGAAAAUGAUCUUUGACGCACCACUUACUGGGUAGAUUAUUAAAGCCAAAUUGAAAAAAAAAAAUGUAAGAAUACCUGUAUAGAAAAGAAUCAAUACUUUGAGCUUUCUUGUUAUUUUAGGCUGGAGAACGCAAUGCAGCUUGUUCGUUUGUUUCAUCAAAUGCACCCCGAUGAACCUUCCGCUGAAUAUACCGCUUCUAACCAGCUGAGCGGGUUUGAAGAACUUUGGGUAAGUCUAGGGUGAUGUGGUCAUGGAAACCAUCAGACACCAAUCGUUGCGUGCUGUUAGAGUAUUUUAUCGUUUAUAUUCAGGAGACUUGCAGCAUGUUUCUCUAAGGGUGGAUUUCCACGGUCGCGUAAAAUUUACGCGCCUAAAUUAAAUAUAGGCGAUAUAUGAAUGUUCGCGCGUAAACGUAAGAGUUGAGCGAAGUUGAGCUUUUACGUUUACGCGCGACAUUCCAUACAUUGUCUCUAUUUUAUUUGCGCGGGUAAAAUAUUACUUGACAGUGGAAAUCCUUCCUCUGUCAGUCAGUAAUAAUAGAACAGAGGAAAUAAUUCUGAAAAGGAAAUCAAUCAUGUUUCUAAUGACCGUUAAAUUUUAUGAAGUUCUUUUAAUUUCACGGUUUGAAGAUAAACACUCCUUCUCGUGUUUGAUAUCACAUAAAAUGCCUACAUCUUAACUACCAACGUCACUUGAGCGCAGUAAUCAAGGUAUAGUCCUUGAAACAAAGAGAUACGUUUGAGAGCAAGUUAUCUUCGUAAGUUGCCUUUUAAUUUUUCUCCCCAAUACAAUUUACAUUGUAAUUUCUCCGACCUUACAUAGCCAGAAUAUCUCCACAUCGUAGGCCAAAGAUUAUUCACUUUAUCCCGGAGAGCGCCAAGAAAGAAAAUAAGAUGUAAUGCUGUAAAAGAGUUUGCACCGACGGGAAAUAGUUCUUAAGAGGAUUUAUUUGAAUAACCAAAGUAAAAGAAUUUGAAUCACCACCUGAAAAGUUGGAACCUGUGUUACAUGUUGCCUCGGCUAGUCCCAGACCUUCUUGGUCAGUGCAUUUCGGUGACGGACCACGGUCGGGCCACGUGACUCGAAACGCAUUGGCCACGCGGAAUAAUGAGGCCUUGUGACAUGAUCAAUUCUGAGCGCGCCCUCGAAAAAUAGGCCGAAUUAGUGUCCGGUCUCGGCUUUUCUAAUUAUAACCUAUUAUUUUAAAUAAUAAAGAAGUCUUGUUUUCUCACAGACUUUCCUGGAGAUGCACGGCAUGCUAGAGGCAUGUCUACCGUUUCUUCCUAAGAUGGAAUAUGAGCAAGAAGAGGAGUAUACAGAACAGCAGUCCCAGUCCCUUCUGGUUGAGAAAACCGAGGUAACUAUGGAAGAGACUGGCAUCGAAGGACAACACGAAACCUUUAGUAUUAUGUUGACUGGCGACUGCAGUGUGGAGUUUCCGCUUUAA